AUGACUGUGAUGACAAUUACAUCACAAAAAUUACCUAAAAAUUUAGUCGAUUUAGUUGGAUAAAUGUUGCAACAAUCUGUUGAAAUUACAGAAUCCAAAAACUUAAAAGCUUUAAAUAAUCAAUUCUAAAAUUUUGAAGCUGAUUUAGAAAAAAUAAAUGAAUGA